GGCUUGGCAGACGUCCCUUGGGAGAACAUCAAAAAUCUUCCACUUAAUCCUGCAAGAAGCAGAAAUGAACUUUGGACCUUGGCCAGGUUACAGGAAGAAAGAUCAAAAGCCAGGACUCUGGGUACCACCUGCCUUACUGACCCUGCCAACACUGGCUCCAUUCUUCUUCCUUUUACUAACAGCUGGCAGCACUGGGGCCGCACCGAUGACCAUUCCAGAGGUACGGCUGGUCAACGGACGCACCCGGUGCCAGGGACGGGUGGAGAUCUUCUACAACAAUACCUGGGGCACAGUGUGUGACGACGACUGGGACAUUGUGGAUGCCAACGUGGUGUGCCGCCAACUCGGUUGUAGCCAUGCCAUCGGCAUGCCACCCACCCUUUCUUUUGGCAGAGGGCAAGGACCCAUUUUUCUAGACAAUGUGGACUGCAAAGGAAGAGAGGCAGCCCUCAGUGAGUGCAGCAGCCAUGGAUGGGGCAUCCACAACUGCUACCACUAUGAAGAUGUGGCCGUCAUGUGUAAUGAAUUGCUACCCACACAAUCAGCAAAAGACCCUGCCAGCAAAACAACCACAGUUCCAUUAAAAGAUAAGAAAAGUGAUGGGAGAAUUCGGCUGGUGAACGGGGCAAACGCCUGCCAAGGCCGAGUGGAGAUAUUCUACAAAGGAAACUGGGGCACUGUGUGUGAUGAUGAAUGGGACCUACAUGAUGCCAAUGUGGUGUGCAAGCAGAUGGACUGUGGUCAUGCGGUGGCCUACAGGACCAACGCCUACUUCGGUUACGGCACUGGGCGCAUCCUCCUAGAUAAUGUGAAUUGCGAUGGAAAUGAGCCACAACUUUCAGCCUGUUUCAGCCUCGGUUGGGGCAUCCAUAACUGUGGUCACCAUGAAGAUGCUGGGGUCAUAUGCUCUGGGCUAGGGACAACAACCACCAUUAUGCCAAUCACUACAUUAGUGGUAGAGGACUAUAAAGAAUCAUUCACCGAUACAGCCACAGUCACCGAGGAUAAAAUUCAGCCCACCUCUGAAACUGAGAUGGCGAUGACUUCAGCCCUUCUUCCGUUGGAAAAAAGAACAGGUGGCGGCAUACGCCUGGCGAAUGGGAACAACAGCUGCCAAGGUCGGGUGGAAGUCCUUUAUGGGGACCUCUGGGGGACGGUUUGUGAUGAUGACUGGGAUUACCCCAACGCGCAGGUAGUAUGCCGCCAAUUGGGCUGCGGCACAGCCAUUGGGGCUACCGUGCUGGGCUACUUCGGCUACGGCAGUGGGCCCAUCCUUCUGGACAACGUGGAUUGCAUUGGCACAGAGACUGAGCUGACCAACUGCUUUAACCUGGGAUGGGGACAACAUAAUUGUGGGCAUCAUGAAGAUGCUGGCGUCCUCUGCAGAGGAGCAGAAGAAUUAGGGGCUUCCUUGCAAGAAGAUACUUUUGCUACCACAACUUCAACCACCACUCGUCCCAAAGACGGUUUUCUGCGACUGGUCAAUGGCAGCCAUCGCUGUGAAGGCCGGGUGGAGAUGUUUUACCUGUCUCAGUGGGGGACGGUGUGUGAUGAUGCGUGGGAUCUCAAGGAUGUGAAAGUGGUAUGUCGGCAGCUUGGCUGUGGAAGCGCCUUAGCAGCCUUUGGAGAAGCCCAGUAUGGCCAGGGCAAAGGAUACAUUUUCCUGGACAACCUCAAGUGCAAAGGAGGCGAAGCAUCUCUCCUGCGUUGCUCUCAUAUCCGCUGGAAUGUGCACAACUGCGAUCACUCGGAAGACGCUGGUGCCCUCUGCCAUCUGCUGUGAUGCUGUGCUGGAGAUGAAAUUCGUAGACUUCCAAGUCUGCACCAAUUGUAAGGAACUGAACUUCCUCGGUGCAUGUCCAAAAUCUUCCUGCAGAAUGUCGUCUUCUCAGUGAAUUAUGUCCGUGGGAUCUCCUGCAAAUACGUCUCUCUACCUGGGCUCCGCAGUACUUCAAAUUCAAUUCCAAAAAGUUGCUUCAAAGGAUACAGGAGUACAGAUAAUAGCAUUUGCCUGCUGCAGCACUUUAAAGCACCCAUGUCUUUUCCUGGGAUCUCUUGUGCUACCCCUUGUGCUUACCAUGUGACUUUGGAAAAAGAUAUUGCUGCUUUAAAAAGGUCACAGACAAGUGCUAUGUUCUCAUUCCUACAAGCAUCAUUUUCAAGUUAAAUCUGAAGCAUGACCAUCUCAGUGUAUAGUUAGUUUAGGAACCAGAAAUGGUGUAUUUUUCAGAGCAAGUCCCCACACAAGACACUUUGGACACAUCCAGGACAGAUCUCCAGAAAUCUUUUAUCCCAGCAUAUGAUGUAUUUUCUAGUCUUGUCAUUUUGAUAUUGGUCCCCCCCCCCCCUCCCGCAAUGUAGGGUUUCUUCUUUUGGUGUGUACUGGUUUUUAUGGUGGCUCCUCAGGACAUAUGUGUCUUCUUCAUUCUUUUGGACAAAAAUAAGUGUCAGGUGUGCAAAGUUUAACUUUUUAGUAAGGAUGGUUUGUGCUCCAUGAAUAGGUGGGAGGGUCAGAGUAAACUGGUAGCUGGAGCUGGGAAAAAAGCAUAUUCUCAGAAUACCUGGAACAGAAUACUGGGUGAAGCUGGAAGAGUGAAACCAGACAAGUAGAGCAGCAAAAUAUUCAACGCCUAUUUCCAGGUAAAAGAGGAAAAAGUCGCCAUAAGAGGUUGAGGUUUUUUUUAGAAAGACAUUUUGGAUUUGCAGGAAUGAAGGAUCAAAUGUGUACAAAAAUGUUAAACCAGUUUUUUUAACUUGGUGACAGUGCACGGCUGCAGCCCAAUAUAUCCAUAAAUCAAAAUCAGAGUCACAGUGAGUAUGUGCAUUAUACUCACAUUUGAAGAGGGCGAAAUGUUAUAGUUUUAGCCUUUCUUGUGUUGCUCCUGAGCAGCGUUUCAGCUCCAGAUAAAAAAAUGUGAUGCCUUACAAACAAAAGGCUCUCCAGGGCACCUUCCCCUUCACCAGCUGCCUAAUGAAAUUCGUAUGCCAUUAUGCAAAGACCCAGCUCCCUUGAGAAGGCCAUAGUGGUGGGAAAGGUGGGGAGGAAAAAGACUAAGAGGACAACCAGCUAUAAGGCGGAGGGACUUGAUUACAGCCAUGGAUGGAUGCAUCAUUGGGAGACCCAAAGCGUUAGGCCAGGGACAGAUCAUCCUGGUGAAGGCCUGUCUGAUGCUGAAUAAUCAGACAGGCCUUAAUGCUGCAUAAUCCAAUCAAUCAAUCAAAAUAGACAUUGCUCCAGGAUCCAACUCAGAUUGCGAGGGAAUAUUCUAGUGCAUAGACUUUUUCGGCUAAACUGUGCAAUCAGCAGAAAUAAGGCAGGUUAGCUUGAUGAGUGAGGUUGCUUUCUUUGUAUUAUUUUCUUCUUUUUAAAAACAAAAAACAAAAAAACAACCCGACAAUAUGUAUAAAAGGUGGAAAGAAUGUAGUUUUGGGGUGAAAGUGGUUAUUCAUUCCCCUCUGAAAUCCUUGCAAGGGUAGGGAAUUUCUGACUUACCAAACAUUGCUAAGCCAAGGUGAAUAGAAUUUGCCUUUUAGCAUCUUGUAUUUUAAGGAUAAAAGGGAUGCGGUGGCUCAGUGGCUAAGACGCUGAGCUUGUCGAUCGAAAGGUCGGCAGUUCAGCGGUUCGAAUCCCUAGUGCCGCGUAACGGGGUGAGCUCCCGUUACUUGUCCCACCUUCUGCCAACCUAGCAGUUCGAAAGCAUGUAAAAAAAUGCAAGUAGAAAAAUAGGGACCAUCUUUGGUGGGAAGGUAACAACGUUCCGUGCGCCUUUGGCAUUUAGUCAUGCCAGCCACAUGACCACGGAGACGUCUUCGGACAGCGCUGGCUCUUCGGCUUUGAAACGGAGAUGAGCACCGCCCCCUAGCGUUGGGAACAACUAGCACAUAUGUGCGAGGGGAACCUUUACCUUUACCUUAUUUUAAGGAUUGUCCAGCCUAACUGGGUUUUAGGAGGAGGAAAUAAGAAGGGAGGUACCUAAAUAGUUCUGAAUAAACCACUAAGCUAGCAGAGACAAAGUUGCUUGGCUACUUGUUACUUAGGUAUUUUUCUAUUUAUAUUAAAGCAAUAAUUUAGGCAUUUGUACGUGUACUGAUAAAUAAGUACCUACAGGUUUAAUCCCCUGUACCUUUGAAUACAUGAAAUCUUAACACCCCACCCCCCAAAAGGUAAGAUUUUAUCAAGACUGGAGAACAUGUAAACAUAUGUACAGGUAGUUCUUGACUUGGGACCACAAUGGAGCCAAAAAUUUCUAUUGCUAAGGGAGACAUUUGUUAAAUGGGCUUUGCCCCAUUUUACGACCUUUCUUGCCAUUGUUAUUAAGUGAAUCACUGCCGUUGUUAAUAACACGGUUGUUAAGUGGAUCCUGGCUUUCCCGUUGACUUUUUGCUUGUCAGAAGGUUGCAAAAGAGGAUCAUGUGACACCUGGGGAUACUGCAACUGUCAUAAAUACAUGCCAGUUGCCGAAUGUCCAAAUUUUGAUCACGUGACCACAGGGAGGCUGUGGCCAUGGUUGUAAAGGUGAAAAAUGGCCAUAAAUCACUUUUUUUCCACUGCCAUUGUAACUUCAAACGGUCACUAAAUGAACUGUUGUAAGUUGAGAACAACCUGUACCUUCAUGUUUGUUAAACUACAACUCCCAGCAUCCCUCACUCUUAGCCACCCAGGCAGGGCUGAUGGUAGCUGGAAUUUAGGGAAUCUGGAGAUUCAGUGCAUUUUGUGCUGCAUGUAGAUUUUUCUCCCCUUUCUAACAGUUGAAACAAUGCACUACAACUGUCCCAAAGGAAGAUUGCCUUCAAAACAAGAGUUUCUGGGUAGAGUUUUUGUCAGGAUGAGGAGGAGUAGCUGAACAAACAUAUUUUUCAUGAUAAUUAUCAUCAUGACAGCUGGCGACACUGAGUUGCCUUUAAGUAAGCUUGAAAAAGGUAAGGAUGGUUAAUAGCAGUAGCACUUAUAUACUGCUUCAUAGUGCUUUAUAACACUCUUCUAAGUGGUUUACUGAGUCACCAUUUCCACCCCCCCCCCCAAACAAUCUGGGUCCUCAGUUUACCGACCUCGGAAGGAUGGAAGGCUGACAACCUUGAGCCGGUCAGGAUCGAACUGCUGGCAAUGAGCUGAAUUAGCCUGCAAUACCGCAUUCUAACCACUGCGCCAACAUGGCUUGACUUAAACCAAGUUAGUGUUUCCAUAGAAAACCAUUUGGACAUUUCAGAACUGUAAAAUAGUCUUUAAGGAAAACAAUUCCAGAAGAAAGCAAUUGUAAACCACAUUAAUGUGGUGGUCAAGAAAAUGAUAUGAUGUGUUUGGUUAGUAACAGUCCAACUCAACUUGAUAGAAAUGGUACUUUUUAUUUAUUACUGACCUAUUCGUUUUAGUUAGAAAGAGAGCGGUUGUUUAUCUUUAUAACAGUAAAUACUAAAGCAACUUUCUCCAAAUCUGGUAUCUUCCACAUAUACUAAACUUUUUCUCUUCAAAUUCCCAACUGGCAUGGGCAUAGCCAACACAGAGCUUAUGGGAAACACGGGAGGAGAAGUGAUAACUUCAGAUACUCCCUCACUUAUAUGCCCUAGAGCAGCGGUCCCCAACCUUUUGGGCAUCAGUUCCAUGGAAAUAAGUUUUUCCGUGGACCAGAGGAGGUGUGGUUUCAUGUGCUGCCUAUAUCCCGUGGAUGGGGCUUCGCUUAUUUGCGUGGCCCGGUUUCUGGCAUGCCACAGCCCAGUUUGUUGGUCCAGGGGAGCUAUUCAAUCUAGGUUGCAAAAUGCCAGAUGACCACUAGAGGGCCUCAAAGGAAUACAGGGAACUCUUAUUCUUUUGCUGCUAUCUAGUGGUCAUCCAAAUGUUUGCAAACAAGAUUUAGUAGCCCUCAAACCAGUGGUGAGAUUCAGCCAGUUCGCACCACUUCGGGAGAACUGGUUGUUAACUUUCUGAGCAGUUUGGUGAACUGGUUGUUGGAAGAAAUCAUUAGGGCAGAGAACUGGUUGUUAAAUUAUUUGAAUCCUACCACUGCCUCAAACCACUCAUUGUGAAGUCCUUGGUGCUCUCUGAGCUUCAUAGUUUGCUUGUAGACUUUUCAUUACACAAUCAGGCAGCAACAACAUAUCAGAGUAUGGGGUUUGCUCCAAACUAUCUCAUUAUUUGAACAACUGUCAGCUACAAAACAUGACUUAGAUCUGCUGAAAAAAGAUUUUGAGCUUUUUUUUGUACGAAAACAUGAAGUCAGACCUAUCACUCCUAUUAAGGCAAACAAACAAGCAGAAAACAAUACUUUAAUCGAAGGACUACCAAGGAGAAAAAACAACAACACUCCCAGCAAAACAGGCCGGGCAAGUUACAGUUAGUCCUCCACUUAAGACUGGUCACUUAGUGAUUGUUCAAAGUUACAAUGGAUGCAAAAAAAGAGAGAUCUCUUUGCGACCCAGAUUCAAAAAUUCUGUUGCUGGGGGUGGGGGAAAACUGUGAUCACAUGAUUGCAUUGUGGGCACUCGGCAACUGGCCCAUAUUUAUGGCUAACUGCAGUGUCCUGUGAUCACUUUGACCACAAUUUCCUUUUUUUUUUUUUGUCGGAAAUGGGUGUUUACUUCCAAUCUCCAUCCCAAAACACCUAUUGCAGACGAGUUUGCUUAACGACGGCAGCAUUCACUUUACGAUUGCCAUGUUUACUUAAUUUGGCCCAGUGUUUGAUGACCCACUUAAUGACAGGCACGAGUUAACAACUGUAAGUUCGACUUCUAUUACACUCGUAAGUCAAGGACUACCUGUAAACAGGAAGUUUACAGAUAGGCAGUUAAGUAAUGAAACGCCUGCAAGCAAACAACUAAAUUCAGAAGACUCCAAGGACCCCACGGUUCAGUCCUGAGCUGCACUCUCUUCUCUUGGAACCAUUCUCAUGGUUUUUUUUUCUUCAAAAGGAACUUCCUUUGGGGUACUGAGGCUUGUUCACAAUUAAAUGUGGGUAGAGGACUGAGUCAUUCAAUUCCACCGAGGUGCCAGUUUGCGUAUAAACGGUGUUUCCAUUGUACAUAGGACUUAAAUUACUUUUCAAUGACCUAAACAAAGUCAUUGCUGAAUAGAAUGUGACUACUUUUAAGGAAGACAGAUCUGCAGUCUGAGCUACAAGGUGGGUGGUAGAAAUGAGGCAAAGGAGGAAGCAGAAUAUUAUAUAGAGUGUUUCAAUGCAGGUGUUUAGUGAUUUAAAAAAAAAAAAAGUUUCAACAUCCAACCAUGUAAUACUUGUAUAUGUCAUUUCGCAGAAGGGGGAUGUUAAAAGGUGCUUUUAUAUAAUACAGUGUUCAUAUUCCAUAUUGUCAUUUUUUUUUUCUUACCAGUUUUUGUUUUGAAUAAAUAA